UGCUUCUUCGCGGGGAAAAUUUGCAGAAUUAGAAACGAGAGAAUGUGACAAGGAUGCCUGAUGGAGCCUGAUAUCAAGCGACGGAAAACAGCGGAGCCCGUGGGUGUCUCCACUUGGGAAGUGCUGCCUGUACUUUCGGAGCAAGAAUCUCAGGAUGUCAGGCUCAUGCCCGUCUACGCCGCGCCUGUCGUGGAUAAGAAAGAGACCUGUCGACUGAUGAAAGAAGUCUCUGCUAUCUACCCAUUGAGUGACUACCCUCAUUUGAAACGUAUCCGGGCUUGUCUCUCUGCAGGCAGCCCCCACCCCCUGGAGAUGAUCUUGUGUCUUGCAGGCCUCAGUGGAGAGCAGUCUGGCUUGCGAUCUCUCGCUGAACUCUUUCCCAGUGGCGAAGUAGAUCUCUGUGGCUUGGGAAAACCUUUCUUGGUCCAUGUGCCGGCCUGCGCACCUCUGACUCGUUCCCAGUAUGAGGAAGCUACGUCGCACUGGCCUGUCUCCUUUCAUGAGAACAAGCGGAUCAGCCAAGCUCUGAAAGGCUGUCUUUUCUCCCACCUGGAAAAGAAUAGCAUGCAGGGUUACAUGGAGUUGGCCAUCCAAGCAGCCCAGCAGGGAGCGAGACAGGCUAUGGAGCCCGUAGGAGCUGUGGUGGUGGACCCGGCCACCAGCCGAGUCCUGGCGGUUGGUCAUGACUGUAGAGUGGGCUUCAACCCACUUCUCCAUGCUGCGAUGGUCUGCAUUGACUUGGUGGCCCACAGCCACGGAGGGGGAACUUACAGCUUCAAUGAUUAUCCUGCUUGCACUUUCCUUCCUGUGGACAACACUUCCCAGCCGCCUCCUUCUCUUGAGGAUGGCCUCCCGUACAUCUGCACCGGGUAUGACAUGUACUUAACUCGGGAACCGUGCAUGAUGUGUGCCAUGGCACUGGUACACUCCCGCAUCCAGCGGGUGUUUUACGGAGCUCCGUCCUCUCAUGGGGCUCUGGGUACAACACACCACAUCCACAGCCGGAAGGGCCUCAACCAUCACUAUGAAGUCUUCCGAGGCAUUCUGGAAGAUCAGUGCAAAUGCUUGGCACAGCUUUCUGAUUACAAGGAAUCGUUGUGAGAGACAUUUUCUGGUGGGGAAGUUCUUAUUUUGGUGGCUUCUGGGGAUGGUAUAUUGUAUUUUUUUUUCAAAAAAGGAUACUGGAGGGAUGGUUUUGUGCUUGUGGUGUAGUUUGUUUGUAGACCUUGACUUAUAACAAUUUGUUUAGCGAUGGUUUGAAGUUAAAACGGUGCUUUAAAAACUCACUUGUGACGGUUUUUCACACGACUGUAGUUUCACUCUCUUGGUUAUGGAUGCUUGCCAAUAGAUUCAUAUUUAUGACAGUUGCAGGUCCCGCGA